AUGGAAAACAACAAGAUAUCAGGGAGACAGCCACAAUUAGGAGACCAUGUCUCGAUUGAAAUCACUCCUGAGCAUGAUGAACUUGUAUCUUCUAUCAAGGAAAAGAUGGAAAACAUUGCUGUAUCAGUCUGUAUCUUCAGAGUCCCCAAGGAACUUCGCGAGCAUAACGAAAAGAAAUAUACUCCUGAUCAUGUUUCCAUUGGUCCUUUGCAUCGUGCAAAACAGACUAGAGUGCCGCAAGAUGAUAAGUGGCGCUAUUGUUACGCACUCCUCAAUCGAAAACCGAAUUUAGAAGCAACCUUGAGCAUCUGCGUGAAAGCUCUUCGAGAGUUGGAGCACAAAGCAAGAAGAUGCUAUGAGGGAGAGAUUGAUAUCAGCAGCAGUGAUGACUUUGUUCAAGUGUUGCUAAUUGAUGGCUGCUUCAUCAUUGAGCUAUUUCUGAAGUUUGCCUACAAGAGCCUUAGGUCCCGGAGAGACCCUAUAUUCACCAAGCCUGGGAUGCUUUUCGAACUGAGAUGUGACAUGGCAUUACUAGAAAACCAAAUUCCUUUCUUUGUUGUUCAAAGGCUAUUUCAAUUAGUACCACUUCCUCCAAAAUGCAACGAGCCACUCAAUGAGCUCGCGUCCCGGUUCUACAGAAGAAUAAUACCAGGAGAUGAUGAGCAUGUUAUCAAAGACAAAUUCAAUCAAGAAGGGUAUCAUUUACUUGAUCUAAUUCGGCAUUGUAUCCUCCCAACAUAUCCGAGAUUGCAUCGAAAAGAAGAUGUGCCUCCUAAAAAUUUGGAUUGUGCCAAAAAGCUUAAAAGUGCAGGCAUUAAAUUCAAGACGGCUACAAGCCAUAGUUUCUUGGACAUCAAGUUCGCUCAUGGUGUUUUCAAAAUCCCACCUCUUGAAGUCCAUCAUUGCACAGAAACACUUCUUAGGAACCUCAUUGCACUUGAGCAGCGUCAGCUUGAUGAUACCAUACAGCAUGUCACAUCUUAUGCCUUCCUCAUGGGGUGCCUCAUCACCUCCGAGAAGGAUGUGAAAUUACUUCGGCGGAGACAGAUUCUCAUCCACGAUGAGAAGAAGGAUAAAGAGGUUUUUCAAAUGUUCGAGAAGCUUUGCAAGGAGAUCAAGCCGACUGAUUUCUACUAUGAGAGGCUUUUUCAAGAAGUGGCUGAAUACAAAAGCAAAAGUUGGCAUGAAAAGCGGCAGAAUUUGGACACACAUCUCAAAACUCCAACUUCAGUUAUGGUGUUCGUUGUUGCAAUUUUGCUUCUUCUUCUCACCUUUGUUGGAGCUUGCUUUUCCAUACUCUCCUUUGCUCUCCACCAUGUUUAG